AUGAAGCCGUUUGUACAGCCCGAAAUACUCCGACAAAAAGUAGAACAACUGAAGGACAAGCACAGAGAUUACAUAACCGCGCUACCAUACCUACCACUGGCAAUCUCUAACCUGCUGUCAACGAUGCCGCUCACCGAGCUAAAAUACGUGAAAGUGAUGUUCUACAAGACAGGCAUUUUAACGGUUGCAAAGCGGGUUAAAAGGCGUGGAUGUGGUGUUUUGACAAGAAAGAGCGAUGAUUUAAUUCGUGUGCCGCUUUCAGAAGACGAUGAGCCAAUCCUUUUGUACGAUCCUGGUAAUUUUACGAAUUUCUGCGCACAGCCCGUGCUGACAAGUGCUGCUCAUGCGAGAACAAAUUUACGCAUCAAAAAGCCUUUAAAAACGAGAGUACGUUGCAUAAACACGAUCAGCCCGCACCAUGCAAACACUCUCAGAUCGCUGUACGGUGUGAAGGAGUAUAAAAACAGGAAGAACACGCGAUCGGAGACGUACAACGAAGUGUUACAUUCACCAUUCUUCUAUGAGACAGAAAUUGAUUGGCUGGAGGCAGCACUGCAGCUCUUACGACAGGGCCAUGUGAUCCUGUCCAGUGUGCUCUUUGCCAAGGACCUCACGUUCUUGUACGUGGACGGCAAUUUUAAUCUGAAAAAGAGCCGCGAUAUCACAACAAAGGAGAGAAAAAGAGGAAGAAUCGGUCUUACGUUUCACCUGAACAGAGAGCUGCUCAAGUUCCUUAAGUGUAUUGUUGAUGCACACGUUGCAUUCAGGAGCGGCAUGGCCCAUCAGCAUAUGUUCAUAAACACGGUGUACGAUGUGCUGACCAAUGUUGGGAAAUACACGGCUGCGUACCGGCACAAGUAUCGCAUCAUGCGGCAGAUCAAGAAAUGCAAGUGCAUACGGCGGGUGGAUGAACGCCAGGGUACUCUUUCGAUCGAUUGUAUGCUGCGCAUUUGGUUGUCGUUCUUUAGAGGACACAUUCCUCUGCUCUACCGCUACGCCUCUAAUCUUGCCCGCAGAGUGCUCAACAAAAGGGAAGUUCACCCGAAAACGAUUACCUCACAGCGCAUAGAAAGUGCACAGGAGAUACACAUGCGUGAUGCAAUACUUGCAGAGACGAACAACAAACACGUUUUGGAACAUCUUACAGAGGCGUGGCGCAGCUACAAGGCGUGUCUCAGCUACUCCACAAACAACGUUGAGCUGGACAGAAUCAUAAAACUGUACAUCCAGGAGAAGAUGAAGCGAUACGAGCGCAACACGGUAAUGAACAGGAGAAGGAUGUACAGCGGUAACAUUGAUAAGUCACAGCAAAGGAAAAACAUCGGAAGGAUAGCACGGUUGUACCUCAGAAAAGAGAUUACGAGACAAAACGAAAUUAUGAACAUGAAAAUGAAUGUUGAAGAGAGUGUUCGCUUCUACGAGCUGAUGAGAGAUGUGUUAAAUGGUAAGUACGUACCUUUUCCGCUCAGUGCAAUGAAUGAUGAAGAGCUUCGCUUUGACGCCGGGAAUGAAGUAAAUCGAUCGCAGGAUAUGCCCUUCAACAAGGUACGGGAAAAAAGUGAGAUUAAAAAGGUUUGUGAUGUGAAAGGCAGGAAGGUAAAAGAUACUUCUGUUGAGAACAAAAGCAUCAACGAACAACGAGAAUGUUCCAAUGACCUGAGAGGAAAAAAUGGCCAAAACGAAGCAGGAAGUGAACAAACAACGAACGAGAGAGGACAGCGUGCUCACGAGCUAUUUGCAGAUUAUAAACCACUUGAAGAUAAAAUAUACGAGGAGAUGCUCAGAAGCAUGAACGUGGAAGAUGCACUGCCCCUCUCAGAGAUUAAAAACAGAAUUCUAACACAGCGUGUGUUCAAGGAGGUGCAUUUCAAACUGAGGGACAACAUCAGUUCGGCAGUACCAACAUACGAAGUUAGCGAGGAGGAGCGCCAAAUCGAUUCAUUCGUUGAUCUGUGGAUUUCCUACUUCUUCAACAGAACCGAAGAUCUUUUUAUUCGCAAUAUUUUCCGUUUAAAGGCGUUUUCAUUCUUCUGCACCUUCCGGAUCAAAACACUGCCAAUUGAUCUGAACUUGCUACACCACGUGCUCAGCAUUUUCAUUGACACCAACAUUGUGCAGUAUUUGAUAGCCCGGCUGAACUGCACGGUUGUGUACAAGGACAUUAACUUUGUGAACCGAAUAGGUGUUCUCAAAGGAUUUGAAUUUUCGUUCCUGAUCUAUGAGGCAUACUAUGCUGCAAUCGAUUUCCUAUUCAAAGAACAAGGCGUAUUCUAUGUAAGACAGGACGACAGGGUGAUCAUAGCACGCAGCGAUCGAAUGUUUGAUGACCAAUACCUUGAUAACGUGUUAGCACGCAGGGGCUGUUUCACGUCCAUUUUUGCGGUUUGUGACCGUGUGUUCACAGCGAACGAGUUUUCAUUUCAUAACCUGCAUGUGAGCAGAAUGGUUGCCAUUGAAAGCAUGUGCUCGUUCGUGCACCAUAUAAGAAACAUUAACGCCUUUCAGUCGUUCCUGAACAUCAUUGAGAAGUGGAAUAUGUACCUGCUUAGCCUUGUGGUGACCUACAGAGAGUUUCUGACGGACGAGCAUAAGAAAGUGGUGCUCAAAUGGGAGGACAGAAUCCUGAAUCUGAUAAAAAAUCAUAUUAAUUCCAAAAUGCCCACGCGAUUCCCGGAUGUAAUUUUCUACGCACCUGUUGAGUUGGGCGGUUUGGGGAUGUUUAGCAUUGGCAACAAUGUGCCCUCGCUCACGGAGUAUGUCCGGCCGUGGAGCGAAAUUUUGGAUGAACAUGGCGAAUUUGUUCGUAGAAGACGUACGGAGAGAAGGCGUGGAAUGAUUGCAAGAGGUGGGCAUGCAGGUGAGGAAUGUACUGCGAGCGACGAAACAGUCGUAAGAAAUGUGCGCAUCAGAGGGCGAUAUAAAAGGUACAGCACGGGAGAUAAUCCGUUCGCACACUUCAGCAGCACUCUCGAUGGCAAAUUAUGGUCUACCAGGCGGUACAAGUACGAUAUGACGGAAUUUUUUGGUGGCCCUGAACGCAUUAUCAGUCAAUCAGUGCUUGCAUCCAUAAACACGCCGUACGAUCCCCAAACACUGUGGCACACCACAACAUACGGCACGAUGACAAGGGCACAGCUGUCCGGUGCCCGGCUGUUUCCAAACAGACGAUUCGUGUUUUACUGGUCACCGCUCAUAAACACAUCGGAUGUGUAUGUCGGAUAUGCAACUGUGAUGGACAAGUCAGGAAUUGUCAUGCAUGGUAAGCUGGCAUCAUUGAAAAUGUCGUAUCUGAAGAUUUUUAGGGACAACCUGUGGAUGAAGAUUUGUGAGGGGUACGUGGUUGAGUUAGUGAGGAUGAACGGAUGUAAGAAAAUGGUAGUUGAUGGUAAAAAAUGGUAUGGCGGGAUGGGAGCAGAUGCCGUUUUUGCGAAUGUUUCGGUGUACGAUGGAGAAUAUUACGAUAAGAAAUGUUGUGGUGAGGCAUGUGGAAAGGGUGGUGAGACAUGUGGAAAGGGUGGUGAGACAUGUGGAAAGGGUGGUGAGACAUGUGGUAAGGGUGGUGAGACAUGUGGUAAGGGUGGUGAACCUGUAGAUGACAUAAAACACGGUGAUGCGCAAGGCAUGGCAGGUGAGGACCGGUCCAGUGGCAGGAAACACACGAAUACAAUGAAGCAUCAUGAACGGGUGAAUAAUGGCAUGUCCUUGACCGGUGAAAAAGGUUUAGGUGAUGAGGAGUGCUCAUACACCCAUCAAACUGCCCGUGAUAGGGAGUAUGUGUAUGGGCAGGACGAGAAGGGCUACGAAUAUAAGAAUGCCGGGGUGAAUGAUCGCUUAAGUGUACAAGAUCCUAGGAAGACAAUAAACGAGAUGAAAAGCGCGCAAUACGAAGAAAAUGUAUCGGUAUCAUCUCAUGGGGAUGAAAAUACGGUGCAAGUGCGAUCAAACAUACCAUGCGCUACUCGUGAUAUGAGCAGCAUCGUAAAAGCAGAUGCCCUUUGGUGUGAUGUGCAGUUCACAUGGGGCAAUCACAAAACAAAUGAUAUCGGUGUUUACACGCAGCGCCGUUAUUUAGAGCUUAAAAAUGAUCCGCUGUGCUUUUAUCCCUGUGAAAAGGGCUUUGUAGUGGGAGUUGAUCUUCUCUACAACAAAGUCUGUGCGUUUGGUUGUUUGCCGGUGAAUUUGCAGUUGCCACAGCUUGCAGGGCUUAGGGAAUACGAGGUGCUGAGGAGCAGAAUACUAAAAACACUGGGAUUAGAGGUUAACGAAAAAGUGGUUGGUAUGAAGGAGUUGAGCAAUUCGAUCAUAAAGUACGAGGAGUACAUGUUUAAUGCAAGAACGGGAGUUCUGACCGUCGAGGAUAGUUUGAACAGUAAACGGGGAUAUGACGGGCACGUUAUCGCGAAGAAUGCAUCGGGAAGUACACAGAGCUGCGUUGUGAUGGACAGGUCGGAAGGCGUUAAAUCCAAGUGCAAAAUAUUUUUUCCGGCGUUACGGACACUCCUAACAGAGGAAAUGAAGGAACAACUCCGCAACAACGGCAUAAACAUCUACAAACACUGGAAAUAUUCAUCAUACACGAAUUUUUGCAGGUUUGUUCUCAUUUUGAAUGCCUACCGCAUUUCAAAGAAUUUGGUACUCAGUGUCAGGGACAUAUUCGGGUACAAAGAUGACAAGGAGUUGAUUGUAAUGGAGCAUUUUCUGAAGGACGUGAUAAUAAAUAAGUACAAGGAGGAGCACGGCAUAAAACGGCUGCUUUCCAAUACCGAAGUGAAGGAGAUUGUGUUUGGAAUGGAUGUGGAUGUUUACAAGGAUUUGAGAAUUAGAACGCGGGACAGGAUAGGUGAUGAAAUUGAAAAGAAGGUGCGGAGUACGAACAAAGAGGUAAAAGUUGAUGAAAAAUGGAAGAAUUGGUUUAAGUACAGCGGGACACAUACGAGUAGGGAUAGAAAUACUGGGAAGAAGAAGGCCCUGAAUCAUAGCGGAGAACAAAGGGUUGAUAGUGCACUUAUGUCGCAUGGAGUUAUGCAAUCUACCGAGCAUGGAACGAAACAAAUCAUGAGGGAGACAUUCGCACGGUACGAGAUGGUACUCAUAAACAGGCAAAAACGGUCCGAUGCCAAUUACAGCGAAAACGGUGAUGAUGAAUGUGAUGGACCGGUAAAUGCCGAUUUAAACCGUUCACAAACCUUCGAUUUGAUGGCCAACGGUUUGAAAUGCACUGCUCUUUCAGAAGAAGCUAUUUUAUCUCAUACGUACCAAGACAUGGUAUUUUCUUCUAAACAUGGACAAUCCUUGCAAAUCCCAAAAUGUUUGAUCGAUAAGCUGCUAGAGAUCAGUUCUCCACAGAUUCCUCUUCUAGCGCUCGUGCUCAAAGGCAAUUUUACCAAGAUAUACAGCGCUAAACGGUACGUCGCGCGUACCGCCCACCCGAAAGAUUAUUUCCUUGCGCUACCACCGCAGUACUACAACGGCAAGUCUGUGAUGCUACCUUCCGAUCCGGUAAUUGAUAUAAAUGACAUAACAGGCAUGGUGCUCGUCAGCGGUACCGAUGAGCAGAUGAUGAACAUACACAGCCAUUUCAAAGUACCGUUCGCUGUUGGCAAGGCAUCGUUUUUGUGUGCCGAUGGAUACUUCCUGGUACCUGAUAAAAAUUACAAUUUUUAUUUCAGAAGCUUUGAUGAACACAUGAGGUACGAAUAUGUGCUGGGAACACCUGCGCAUUUCUAUGAUUUAGAAAACCGGUUUGGUGUAAAUCACGAUAUAUAAAGUAAUAAUGGUUGUAAAGGAGGUUUAGUUGUGGCAGGUAUAGGUUCGCUGAUAAUGGCUGCGUAAGAACUACCAUGGGUAGUUGCUUGAGUGUCUGUUCAUGGAGAUGGUUAUUACUUGCGCUUUCCUGUUUAUAACGGGGGACAAGGACACGCUAUAGUGGUUUGUAUAUGUGCUAUAGCACGAAUGAAUGUCCUGCAGGUCAACAAUAAAUAAAUUAUCAUCUUUUAGGGCUAGAGGCGGUAAAAAAUAUUUCAUGAUGAUAAACCGUGUACUU